CCGGGGCGCCGCUCGCCAGUACGGCACGGGACGUUGGCACGGCACGAUUGGCCGUCGGAUAGACCAAACACUUUGGUUGGUGCCGCAGUAGCAAACGGUGACUGAGUGUGCAAGCAGCCGAGCACCUGGGAUACCAGUGGCAACGAUGCAUCCUGCAGCGGACGACCAGCGGCGAGGCGAGGACAGUGUCGGCAACGGUGCGGCGACACACAAAUCGGCCGAAAUUGUCAUCGACCCGGCGCAGAUUGGUGCGCAGAAUGGGAGCGCGACGCCCGUCCAGAGCCAUACGUACAGCGAAGCCCUCGCCGUGGUCGGACAGGGCCGGUUCCACACGCUGCUCCUGUUCAUUACCGGCCUCUGCCUGAUGAGCGUCGUCAACGAGACGGUCAACGUGGGCUUCAUCAUCUCGGCCGCCGAGUGCGACCUGGAGCUUAGCUUCAGCGACAAGGGCAUACUGAACGGGGCCGGCUUUAUGGGCGUGGUGGUCAGCUCGUACGUGUGGGGCUUCCUGUCCGACACGUGGGGCCGCCGCCGGGUACUGCUGCUCGCGUCCUCCGGCGCUCUGGUCACCUCCGUGCUGUCCACCUUCUCGCCGCACGUCUGGGUCCUGAUCGGGGCCCGCUUUCUUGUCGGGAUUUUCGUGUCCGGCAAUGCGGCGACCUCGUACGCGUACCUGGCCGAGUUCCACGGCGAAGCGUCCCGGGCGAAGGUGAUCUCCUGGGCGGCCAUGUUCAUGUCGAUCGGGCUGAUACUGCUGCCGUCGCUCGCCUGGCUCAUCAUACCGCUGGACGCGCAGCUCGACCUCCGCCUGUUCGGCAUGCGGUACGCGAUGUGGCGCAUCUAUCUGCUGCUCUGCUCGCUCGAUCUGCUGCUCAUCAUUGCGGGGCUGCUCUACCUGCCCGAGAGUGGAAAGUUUCUGCUCACCGGCGGCCACCGGGAGAAAGUGGUGCAAACGCUGGCCAAAAUCUAUCAGCUCAACCGGGGCAAACCGGCGCACACCUUCCCCGUCAAGUCGAUCACCCUGGACGCGAUCGACAGUGCGUACGCGGACGAGAUGCAGCGGCGGUCGAAGCUCGGGCUGCGCUACCUCUGGCAGCAGACGGUGCCCCUGUUCCGGGUGCCGCUGCUCUGCCACACGCUCAAGGCGUCCGUGCUGAUGUUCGGCAUCUUCGCCACCUCGUCCGGCCUGUUCCUGUGGGUGCCGGACAUCCUCAACACGUACGUGCAGCACCAGGAUAUGAAGCUGUGCGACGUGAUUGCGCUGAUGCACGCGAACAAAACGGCGGCCCGGUCCGGCGACAGCGUCUGCCCGAUCGCGAUCAACGCCAACAUCUUCCUGAUCACGUCCGCGAUGGGGGUCGUCUUUCUCGCCUGCUACAUCCUGAACGGCUUCAUCAUCAACCGGGUCGGCAAGCGGACACUGCUCAACGGUUGGUUCGUGGUGUGCGGUAUCUGCGGGCUCGCCGUGCUGUGGACUUCCGAUUUCUAUCUGACGCUGAUACUGAUCGCUGCCUUCGUCUCAUCUGGCUGCCUCGGUGGCGUCCUAAGUGCAAUAUCGGUCGACCUAUUUCCGACUAAUUACCGGGCAAUGGCAAUGUGCCUGAUUCUGAUGACGGGCCGGUUCGGGGCAAUGGCCGGCAGCAACAUUAUCGCCUAUCUGCUCACGUACAACUGCAAUCUGAUCUUCAUACUGUUCGGCGGCUCACUGCUAGUUUGUGCUCUAAUUGGAGCAACCUUAACGGAAACGUGACAGGCCAGCUAUUCGAAAAAUGUUUAAUGGCUGCCUGCCCGAACCCUCCCCCCCCCCUUCCCUUGGGACACGUGACAGGUGACUUGCAGAGCUGUCCUCCUCCUCCUUCACCAGCCGGAAAGCAGCAACAGAACCGUGGGCAAAAGUGUUGCCGGCAUCAGUAAACCGUCUUGAAGGAUCUCCACUCACAUACCUGCUCCUAGCCAAAAAAAAAAAACCAAUAAGUCACCGAGUAGAACAAAACAACGCCCGUCCGGAGUCACUGACGAGUGUGUGUGAUCGUCAUAGAUCGUCUCGAACAGGUUGAGCUGGUUCGAUUUUGCGUUUCUAGUGUUUAGAGAGUAGCCAAAGCGCACGUCCUGCCGGUAGUAAUUAGGGAGCGAGGUAGCAGUUUUCAAAUGGGGUGGGAGGGGGUGGGGGGAGGGUAAUUCGUACACCCGCACCCAACCUAGCCCAGCCGUUCGAUGCAAAAGCACUGCACCAACAAAGUAACAAUUAGUUUAGCCCGGGUUUGUUGCGCCCCCACUUCAAGCCGUCGCGUAGCUGUUUAAGACGUUUUACAAGCAGCACACUCAAACGUAUUCCCUCCUUCCCUCCGGUGUGCGAAUGGAAGGUAGGAAUGGAGGCAGCAGCAUGGAGUCAAUAAACGUGCCAGUAUCAUUAUCGGUUGUGAACAUGUGCCGCACCACUGUCA